GGAUGCCUGGGCUCAUUAAGAAGAACCAGCCAGACAGCAAACCAAGCAGCAGGAGUUGUCCUGGGUGUCUCAGCGCAGAUCCACACUCUGGCAAUGGGGGUCCCCAGGGCCUUUCUGCUCUGCCUCUUUGGGACUGUGCUCUGUCCGACAGGUUCCGGAGCCCUGCAGUGCUACAGCUUUGAGCACACCUACACGGGGCCCUUUGACCUCAGUGACAUGAAGUUCCCCAGUAUCUCCUGUCCCCACGGAUGCUCUGAGGUUGUCCUGUCCCUGGACACUGGGUAUCGCGCACCGGUGACCCUGGUAAAGAAGGGCUGCUGGACGGGACCCACGGCCGGCUCCAUGCAGUCCAACCAAGACGCGCUGCCGCCGGACUUCUCGGUGGUGCGAGGCUGCGUGGGAGACUUUUGCAACAACCACCUCGUGACCCAUGACGUCAUCCCCAACCUGAGUCAAGCACCUGACCCACCGAGGCUCAGCGGCACCGAGUGCUACGCCUGCGUGGGCGUCCACCCCGAGGAUUGCUCUCCUGACAAGUCCCGACGGGUCCAGUGUCACCAGGACCAGAGCGUCUGUUUCCAGGGCAAUGGCCGAAUGACCACCGGCAAUUUCUCAGUCCCUGUGUACAUCCGAACCUGCCACCGGCCCUCCUGCACCACCAUGGGCACCACCAGCCCCUGGACAGCCAUUGACCUCCAGGGCGCCUGCUGUGAAGGGCAUCUCUGCAACAGGGACUCCGUGACCCAGGCCUUCAACACCCCUACAGCUGCUGCUCCUCACCGGGUGCCCCACAUCAUGACCCUGGCCCUCCUAGCCCCUCUUCUGGUCAGUUCUCUGGGAGGACCCCUCUGGCUCUCCAUAUAGUUCCCCCCACCUCGGGAUGUUGGGCAGGGUACACCUCCUUCUCCUCACUGCUUCAGCCCCAGCUGGAAAAUGAUGUCAAAACAAGAGCAGCACCCCUGUCCCUCUGGCCAUGACCAUCCACCUCCCUCUCCCUCCUGCUUGCCUACCACCACCCUGCCCAGGGCUGGUUAGCCAGCCUGGAAGAAACUGGACCCAGUCACCAGCACCCCAAGAAACAGUCACACCUUGCCCCACCCGAGGAGCAGUUCUGACAAUAGCCAUUACUACAGGAACCUGUGACAGUUUCCCAGGCUCUUCCUCUAGAACCCAGUCACAGUGCUAGGAAGGAUCCAUGAUGCUGUCUCAGUUAAUAUCAUCAGCAGCCCCUCACAGUGGCUCAUGGGAGUACCUGAAAUCCCAGCUACUCUGGAGGCUGAGGCAGGAGGAUCACAAGUUCUUGUUCAGCCUCAUCAAUUUAGCAAGAUCUUGUCUCAAAUAAAAAUUUAAAAGGGCCAGGGAUGUAGCUCAGAGCUAAAAUGCCCCUGGGUUCAAUCCCCAGUAUUGAAAAUUAAAUUAAAUGGCUGGGCAUGGUGGUGCAAGCCUGUAAUCCCAGCAGAUCAGGAAGAUGAGGCAGGAGGAUUGCAAGUUCAAAGCCAGCCUCAGAAACUUAGCAAUUUAGCAAGGCCCUACUACUCUUUCAGCAAAUACUCACGAGGACCCUGACUUAAAAUUUUAAAAAUAAAUAAAUAAAAUAAAAAGGGCUGGGGAUGUGGCUCAGUAGUUAAGCAGCCCUCGGUUCAAUCCCUGGUACCAAAAAAUAAUAAUAAAAUUAAUUAAUUAAAUUUUUUAAAAAAACUUUGUUGGCAUAGUUUGUAAAACUAACAUAUGAAAUUAGAAAUCUGAACAGUGAUUAUCCACGGGGAUUAGUGAUUAGAAGAGGGAAUACAGAGGUUCCUGGGGACUCAGUCAUUGUAUUACUUGAUCUGAGAAUUUAUUGAGCUGUCUGCUUAUGAUUUUGAGCUCUUUCUAUAUGUACAUUAUUUUCCAUAAAAGGUUUAAGAGAUUUAAAAAGUUUUCUUGGGGGACUGGGGACAUGGCUCAGUGUUAGAGUGCUUGCCUAAUAUGUGUGUGGCCCUGGGUUCAAUCCCAUAGAUAGAUAGAUAGAUAGAUAGAUAGAUAGAUAGAUAGAUAGAAAGCUUUUUUGGUGCAGAAAAGGCAAAUGAAGAAAGAGGCAAAGAGAAAAACAAAAAAGCCUUUCUUAAAAAUUAUGUAUUUAAUUACAACUAAAGGAGCAAAGGGGUAAAGACUUCCAAUAGUCAGUCAUCUUCUCACAUGAACUCUUAAAUUUUAGGAAACACAUUAAAGAAAAGAAUGGGCCGGUCAUAGUGCUGCAGGUCUGUAAUCCCAGCUACUCGGGAGACUGAUAUAGGAGGAUGGCAAGUUUAAAGCCAGCCUCAGCAAUUUAACAAGGCCCUAAGUAACUCAGCAAGACCCUGCCUCAAAAUAAAAUAUAAAAAGGGGCUGGGGGUGUGGCUCAGUGGUGAAGCAACUCUGGGUUCAAUCCCCAGUACUAAAAACAAAAAAGAAUUGACUAACAGAUGCAGUGGUACCCAGGAGACUGCAAUUUUGUUGUUUGUUUGUUUGUAUCAGGGAUGGAACUCAGGGGCGCUUAACAACUGAGCCACAUCCCCAGCCUCUUUUCAUGUUUUAUUUUGAGACAGGGUCUCACUGAGUAGGUCCUUGUUAAAUUGCUGAGGCUGGGUUUGAACUCAUGAUCUUCCUGCCUUGGCUUCCUAAGCCACUGGGAUUACAGGCAUACGCCACCAUGCCUGGCUUGAGGAUUGCAGGUUUAAGGUCAGCCUGGGAAACUUCGUGAGAUCCUUUCUCAAAAUAAAAAUUAAAAACAGCUGGGAUGUAAUGCCAUGGUAAAGUACCCCAGGUCCAAUCCCCAAUACCAAAAAAAGAAAAGAAAGAAAGGGAUUGACUAAAAGAUCCAGAAGAUAUGGUCUGCAUUUUGUUGACUGGUUUUGAAUUACCCAGGGAAUAUUUAAUAUUUUAUUAUCUAUAUUCUGAUUGAAGUUAAACUUGCAUACCAUUCAUUUUUGUCUACCCCAUUCACAUACAUGUCUUGUCAUCUUAAUUUGUGGUCAUCUAUAGCCAUUUUUUGUACUACUCUUUCAGCAAAUAAUUACUGUUGUCUCAUAAUGUGCAGGAAAUAUUUGGUUUUGAUGGAGCAAAGGAGACAGCAGAGAAAAAGCAUGGAUUCUAUUGACAAAAUUUUGAUGUCUAGACACAAGGACCAACUAGGUAUAGUGGUGCCUGCCUAUACUUCUAGCCACUCAGGAGGCUGAGGCAGGAGGAUCACAAGUUCAAGGUCAUCCUCAGUAAUUUACCGACACCCUGUCUCAAAAUUUAAAAACAUAAUAAUAUGGGCUGGGGUUAUAGCAUGUGUGAAGCACUAGAUUUGAUUCUCAGCACCACAUUAAUCAAUACGUUAGUUAAUUAAU